GUACCGGCUUACGAACUCAGUUUCACAGCUCACCACCAACUCCGACCGCAAACACCAGGAAAAGGAGAAACUGCGCAACGGCUAAGAGAACAGACCCCCCCCCCACCCCUCAAAGAUCGCCCCUUCGUCCUAUCCGCACCUCCCCAGACCUCCUCGCACCUCGCACCUCGCACCUCGCAUCUCGCACCUCCACAACUAAGAAGUCAUACGAGUCAUUCUAGAUGGAAAUAUGCUUGUUGAACAGGCACGAGCGGACUCUGCCCUGCGUCCUGAUAUUCACUCUAAGAGGGAUUUGACAACUCUUAGCGAAGUCACGGAUUAUGAGACAUGCGAAUUCCUCCGCUCCACCUUCACCUACGUCGAUGAAGAGGAUAUCGCAUGGUUCGGCCAGGUACCUGGAAUACGAAAGUACGACUUGACAGUUGAGGAUCUCAAACGAGAGCUGCGAAGAAUCCCUGAUGAGAAGAUUUACCUGCUACACACGUGGAUGUCUGUUGUGUCGGAAGCGGAUCGAAAGAACCUCUUCAUCAAACGCCCUGAAAUAUCCUGCGCUGACAACGAAUACGAGGUCAAGCUCGUGCCGCGGAUACUUUUCGAAGAAGUCGAGAUCUUGGAAUUCCUCAAAUAACACCACCAUCUAAAUAUUGUCAGAUAUCACGGCUGUACCGUCUGGCGCGGCCGUAUUACCGGACUCGCCCUCGAA